UGGGACUACGUAUACAAACGACUGCAACUGUACGAUCAGGAAAUGAUCAAGGGCUACUCGCAGGAUAUCGAUAACCUCCUCAUCUUCGCGGGUCUGUUUUCUGCGGUACUCACCGCCUUCCUCGUUGAAGUAUACACGCAACUGCAGCCGGACAACACUCAGCUCUCCGUCCAACUCCUCUCGAAUAUUUCUCUCCAGCUCCAGCAGAUCUCCUUGAACCAAGCCGCACCUGCGCCCGUCGAUCCGCUCAACAUGUCCUUUCAGGCCGAUUCCCAUGUGGUCGCGAUCAAUACCCUCUGGUUCCUAAGCCUCAUCCUCGCCCUUGCCUCUGCUCUCCUGGGCAUAUUCGUGAAGCAAUGGCUUCGCGAGUAC